UAUGAGUUAUAUUUUGCUUGUACAUUCACUUAAUUCUCUAGAUUUGCUUACUGGUUUUGAAGUGGAAUUUGUUUCUGAAAGGAUUUCUUUUUAUUCCCAACCUUCCUUUUGUGGAAAAUAUAUUUGCUCAAAUCUUGCUAAGAGUAACAGCAAGUGGGCAAAUAUGGAGGUCCAUUUGAAUCCUUUUUUAUUCAAUGCAAUUAGGGAAUGUUUCCAAACUUUCUUCCUGUACUUCUUUUCCUUGUUCCCUUUCUAAAUGUAAUAAUGUACUUUCUUAGGUGUCACGUUUCGUGCCAACUGAUUUGCUCUAUGACUGGUCUUUUUCAAACUUCAUCUUCCUGAUCUUUAUAAUUGAAGGGUGAUCAUUCGGGGAUAUAUGUGGCUUGGUUGCUACUCAUUCAUAUUUUCAUAUAAACUUUGGACUCACAUGGGUGGUGCAAUAGCACAUUCUUAAUAAGUGGUGUCUGAUCAAAGGCUUGUAGUGUUCCCUUGUGUUUUCUUUACGUCACGAAACGAGCUCAUUGGUUUCAAGUUGAUAUAGUAAAUUGGUGUUAUCCUGCUUGAAUUGUCUUUAACAUUGAAAACAUGGCCUCAUGUUGACAAAUGUUUGCAUUGACACAACUUAUGAUAUUUUUUUAACAACCAAAAUCUAUCAAUCAACUACUACUUGAUAACUAGUUGUAAUCGGCUAAGAACAUUCUAUAUCUAUUUUCUCUACUCAGAUGCAAGACAUCACAAAAUGUAGUAAAUUUGUGUGCUUCAUUUGGUGAUAUCUUCUUGAAAUCGUAUCUCAUCUUUUGCUGCAUAACCUACUGCGCUUCGUACUUUCACAGCUCAGAUUGUCUAGAAAAGACUUGUUAAGUUUGACUUUCUCUCCAGCGCUGGUGCUACUUAAAGUGCUCAACUAUGUAGCAUAUGCGCUGCAAGAUGAAGUAGAAAAUUGGUUGGGUUACCUAUAGCUGUGUCUUCGGCCUGAGUUUACAGGAAGUUCUUACUGAUGUCACAUUUUUUUACUAGUAAAUAUAAUGUCUCAAAGCAAAUAUCUUUAGAAGUCCAUGCAAUGCCGUGACUUUUGACGUUCCAAUUCAAUCCUGUUUUUCGCUCCUAUUUAUGGCGUUCUAGUUUGGAAGAGUUGCUGUAUAAAAGUUUGGACCUUUGGUUGUUUUGUUGCACCAUGAAGAAGAAGUUUCGUAGUUCACUUCUCAUGACAACAAUUACCAGCACCCCACUUUGGCGUAAUGGGCCUCCAGAAAAGCCAAUAUUGUGCAAUGCAUGUGGAUCUCGGUGGAGAACAAAAGGAACCUUGGCAAAUUAUACUCCUCUGCAUGCAAGGCCGGAAUCUGAUGAUCUUGAGGAUUAUAGGGUAUCUAGGGUCAAAAACAUGUCUUUUAAGAACAAAGAGGCAAAGGUGCUGAAACGAAAGCAAAAUUAUGAUAAUAUUGUAGUUCCUGAUUAUUAUAAUCAGGGUUUCCUUAAGGGUUUAGAUGAAGAUACAAGCAAUAGGUCAAGUUCUGGUUCCGCCAUCUCAAACACUGAGAGCUCUGCACAAUUUGGUAGUACUGAAGCAAGUGAUUUGACAGGCCCUGCUCAAUCCAACAAAUGGGAAGCAAUGGUGCCUUCAAAGAAGAGAACCUGCAUAAGUCGUUCAAAGCAGUCUUCAGUUGAAAAGCUUACUAAAGACCUGUGUACCAUCCUACAUGAACAACAAUCUUCAUACUUGUCUGGAUCUUCUGAAGACGAUUUGCUUUUUGAGAGUGACAGGCCUAUGGUCUCUGUUGAGAUAGGACAUGGAAGUGUGCUUAUUCGACAUCCGAACUCAAUAGGUAGAGAAGAAGAAUCAGAAGCCAGCUCCCUGUCUGUUGAUAAAAAGCGACAUUAUGUAAAGGAGGCUUAUUCACGAUUGUCUACCCCACCUGUAAAUAUUAGUAGGGGUGUCUAUUUAUCAAAUCUGGGCACUGAGAGAACCAAGAAACCUAAUAGUCCGGGAAUGGAACAACACCAGAUUAAAAGGGAUAAGGAUCACCUUGAAAAAUUGCAUAUUCUUGGACAUCAUAAUUCACCACUGUGCCAUAUAGAUCUGAAGGAUGUACUUAAUUAUGAAGAGUUCGUGAGGCAUUUGUCAAGUGAUGAACAGCAGAAACUCCUAAAAUAUUUAGCUCCUGUUGAUUCUUUUGCGCCUCCGAAUAGUCUUAAAAGCUUGUUCGAGAGCUCUCAUUUUGAGGAGAAUUUGUCUUCCUUCCAGAAACUUCUUGCAGAAGGUGUUUUUGACAACUCAUUAUCUGGGUUGAAAAUAGAAGACUCCAGGACCUUGAAGAGGUUAAUAUUGUGCUAUUUAACAAAGUCAAAGUGGGUCGAAAAGUAUAACCUUCUCAAGGACAUAAAAUGUAAAAGUAGUACCAGUGGUUCUGAAGUUGCAGAAGUGCACAAUGCUAUUGGCACAGAUCAUUCAGUGAAUGUGAAAAGGCCAUUGGAGGGACACCAUCCAAAGUAUUCAGGUGCAAAGAAAGCAAUGAAGAGCCCCAAGAGGGUGGUGAUGAAAAGUAGCUAUGAGCAGAAGGAACUUGUAGACAACGAUAGCUCUUGCUUCAGUCCAAGAAGCCUAUUUCCCUUGCCUUCUAAUAGUUCUCCUGCUCGGGAUUCUUUCCAUUUUGCAAAUGACCAGGACGUGCUGCUGGAUGUGCCAUCCAACAGCUCCUUUGCCCAGGCAGAAUUACUCCUGCCAACAUCAAGUUUUGCUGCACAACCAAGCACUAGUAGCAGCUCUGUAUAUCCACAUCUUGUGCGUCCCUAGCGAUAAUAUCACAUCUUGCGUCUUCGUAGGGCAUCUAGAAGCUACUUCAGCCAAACCAGAUGAUUGUGUCUGCAUGUUCCUCACCAAUCAUGUGGUAAAUUUUCUGAAAGAGUUGGAUGAUUUGCCUAUAGCUUUUUGCCUUUGAGCUAUACUAAACAAAAUUUUGGAUUCAGCCGAUGGAUAUGGUUGUUCGCCCUUUUCUUUAUCUUUUCUGUAAAAUUGACAAACAUUGUAUAAUAUAGCUGAAAAUGCGGAGAAGAUCCAGCGCUUGUAUGCAGUAACGUUUUUCAACUUAAAUUGCGGACACCCUUUCAAUC